AUAUGCAGUCUAGUCGGUAUAGUGAACACAUCGUGUUGUGUUGGUGAUUGUUGAACGUUUUUUUAAUUUUUGUUGUUUAGAACACCUCCAAAGUGAUUGUGCAGUUUGUCAUACAUUAACACUGAAUGAAAUUAUAGGAUUACGUUUGUGCAAAUUCGUCAAUUGAAUUUCCAUUUCGUUUGUCCGGUUGUUGAUUUAUUGCUUCUUAUUCGUCAUAAAUAAAAAUUAAGUUAAAAAAUGCGCGCCGGUGUGUCAGUGAUGUGCUUCAUUUGAAUUUAUGAUUUAUUUUGUAUAUCACGCGCAUCUGUUAAUCAAAUAUAAUCAAACAAAGAGUGUCUUACAGAUAUAUGUGCUCGUGAUCAAUAUGAUGGACGUUAGUAUGUAUGGAAAUCAUCAUACAUCACAUCCAACCGGAUAUCAACCAUCCGACAUUGGAUCAUCCGGCUAUGCUUAUUUUCCAAGCCAUCACCACCAUCAUCAAGUCGGUGAAAAUGACUCGAUUGCUUUCAAUCAUGCAAAUGCAACACCAAAUACAACACCCACAUCCACGUCGUCGAAUUCAUCAUCGAGUCACUGUUAUCAUCCCCAUCUAUAUACACCAUUAGCUGCCGAAUACGGAAUAACGGCUAAUUCACCAUCGGAUGAUAACUAUUACGAAGCCGGUGGUGGUGUACCAAACUUUUACAGUUCGCAUCCUAAUAACCAGUCAACCGUCAUCCAAGAUCAUAUUAUCAGUUCGGACAAUGGGCUGAGCUAUACGAAUUUGGAUUAUAUGUACAAUCAGACGGCGCACGCUAACAACGUUUAUAUUAACACCGACGAUAAAUCAUCGAUUCCUCAGUCAUACAACAUUGGCGAUGAUAUUCUAAUACCUGCCGGUCAAAGUCAUUCCCAUUCAACGGCAACAACUCCAUCAACUUCAUGGCAUCAGCAUCGAGGUCCCCAUACCGAAUAUAUGGAGAAUCAGCUAACACAUCAUAUGGGAAUGACGACAAUGUCCACAUUGCACAGUACGAAUCAGCUGCGACAACUGGUUACACCGAAUGUGCGGCUGUCGUCACACGGUUCACCAGGAGCUCAUACCCAACAGCAACAGCCGCAAACAUCGCAACCGACGUAUAAAUGGAUGCAAGUGAAACGAAAUGUGCCAAAGCCUCAAACUCCAAAAUUAACUGUAACACAUCAGGAGUAUGCUCAUCCGGUGCACAUGGAUUCAUGUAGGGAAAUGUCCUCGUCUCUACUAGCAGGUUUACCGCCAUCGAGUAUUACCAGCAGUCUACUGGCAAACAACAACAAUAAUUCCGGGCGAACUAAUUUCACAAACAAGCAGCUUACAGAAUUAGAAAAGGAAUUUCAUUUUAAUAAAUAUUUAACUAGAGCGAGACGAAUAGAAAUUGCCAAUACUCUGCAACUUAAUGAAACGCAAGUAAAGAUUUGGUUUCAAAACCGGCGAAUGAAGCAAAAAAAGCGAAUAAAAGAGGGCCUCGUACCAGCCGAAAGUGUAGAUUCUAUGCCAAAUGUAACUGCUUCAAAUAGUGAAUCAACAUUACCUGAAAAUAGCGAUAAUAGUAGAGAAUCAAACUAGUUACUAGAAAAAAAACCAACUAUUUUAAGAUGUAAAAUGUAAUACUAGAUUAUUAUCACCGCCGUAUUGUAGAUAACAGAAUAUUUGACUAAUUAUUUCUUUUGAAUUGGAUAAGUUUUCACUGCAUUCGUUGGGAUGCUUUUUUCGCCACCAUAUCUAAGUUAAUUUUCUAAUGAAAUGGCCAGAGAAUACAAACGAGUAUUAAUCUUACGCUUACCUUACAACUGAACGUUAUUUCGUAAAAUAGUCCAAAUUUUACAAUUUGAAAAUUUGCGCCUGUCGACCGCUUACUUUGUGGGUGGUCUGUGGAUUGCCUUUCGUGCUUUUUAUGUGUUAUGCAGAAAACCCCAUUUCGCGGAAUGAUAUUGUUGAGAAACUUCGCUUCUUUAGCCACAUUAUUUAAUCAUUCCUUCGUAAAGUCAGAUGCACUGAAAUUUCAGCAUGAAUUUGCUUCAGCUGUUUUUCAGCUGAUCCAAACAUACAAUCAAAACUGUUUAUACGAUUGGAGCUGCUGCACUCAAGCGUUUGGUAGUGGUAAAACCAUAUAUAAUCACGUAUAAGGAGUUUUGAUUGUUUGUGUGGAUAACUUGAAAAACAGCUGAAGCAAAUUCCUGAUGAAAUAUCACUUUAUAAAGUCGUCUGAACGAACUGAUUUUUCAUUUAGUUAAAAAGCUUGUAAGAAAAUGAUUGACCAUUUUGGCACAAAAUACAAGUAGAUUUAGCGAAAUAUCUCAAUAAAUGGACCAUCUUAACCAAAUUUUCGACAAUUCUAAGAAUCGAGCGCAUUGUUUUUUUAUUUGCAACUGUGCUAUGAUUCAUCACGUAGAAGUGUACACUCUUGUAACAAAACUUGGAACAUUUGAAUAGCAAAAGAUGUCACCAGCAUUCUGUUAUCUAAAAUAUGACGGUUUCAGCAUAAAUAUAAUAAGUUUACACAUUUAAAUCUAAGACAUUUGAUAAACAAUUGGUUAAUUAGCACAGUUCACUUUACUGAUGGUUAAACGUAACUAAAUUUAUCUAAUUUGAAAGAAUAUUAUCCCUUCGUUUGUUACGUUCAUUGAAAUGGUUCUGUACUUGAAGAAUGCUUUCCGUUUUUCUUUUGUUUGAAAGAUCUUUACUAAAAAUUUAAAAAUUAUAAAGAACUUUGAAAGUACUGAUGGGCCAUCGUUGGCGUUGAAAUUUACAACCCUUACACAUGUCUACAGAUUACAACUCUAAAUAAAAUCUAGUACGUAGCAGAUCACAGCGGCUUCAGGCUUACAGUUAGUCCUAUAUCUAGUGUGUACGUAACCCGAGCGCGUAACCCGAAAGCCAUACCUAUUACAAACUAUUAUGCUUUGCAAAGCUCGUGAGUGUUUCGUAAAUUUUUGACACUUAAUGUAUGAGUGAAAUGUCAAAUGUUUACGAAAUAGUCGUACCUACGAAUCAUUCGAAUUCGAAAGCUCAUGAUCCAGUUAACUCAUAAGAAAUGACAAUUUUUCCGCACCAUUUCGGAACUAUUUGAUCCCACUUCCGAUCGGUGAGAAUUUCAAAAUAAUUUUCGAAAUCGGUAACUCAAAUUUGGCUCAACUUUGCUACUUCCAUCAUUAUCCAAUAGUCAAAUACAGCGAGAUAAGCAGACCUAAUUUUUAAUUUUAGUAGUGGGUGUAGCAA